UCCUGGUCGCGCAGUCUAAACAGUGAUACCCAUUCUCAACAGUAGUGACCAAACUUGCUUGCCGAGUCAGAACUUGAAAGAACUGACAAAGUGUCCGCACGGACAUAUAUAAUUUGCAUUACGUACUAAUCUCGCAGCUAUAGCAAGUUGCCGUUUGCACUACACAAGGGGCGUCGUCGGAGAAGGGGACGGCACAUUCGGCAAAGCGCCUCGCAAGCCGAGCGGAUUGGUCUAAGAACAUCAAAGUAAAGGAGUUGCUUUUACUGACGAUAACCAUUAGCCAGCGUCGCGUAACGGAGGGGCCUGCACCCUAGUGGGCGCCUAUCCCAGCCAACCAGCUUGCAGAUGUCGGACCUUCAGGGCUUCAGCAAACAGCAGUUUGAUGAGGCGUACCGGAGAGCGCUGGAGCGCAAGCGCCUCUUCAAGGAGUAUUUGUCCAGGCACCAGGUUAUGGAGAAGCUGAACGGCGCCAUCGAGCAGCUGUACGAGUGCGAGCGGCUGCCGGAGAACCCCAUGGACUGGAUUGCUGACGUCAUCACGGGGAGGGAGGCGGGGGCUGGGGCGGCGGCGGCAGCAGCAGGCGGGGCAGGGGCAGGGGCGGGAGCGGGGCGGCCGGGUUCGGGAGGGCAGGCCAAGCCCAAGUCGAUUGGGCCCAAGCUGACUAGCGCUUGAUGCCGCGUGGCGUGUGCGGCAAGUGGGUUUGAGCUUAGAUUAGAGUUGUCAGGCAGUGACAUGUUGGCAAUGACAGAUGGUGGACAGAUGUGGAGAGGAAGCGCCUCGUGCAGUGCGCUGCCACGCGCUGGCAAGUGACCUGGCAUGGCGCAACAUGGUGCGUGUCGGCGCCAGGAUAUGCUGCCGUGCCGUUACGUGCUGAGUUAUGGGUAGUCAGUGGUCACGUCAGCUGUAUGGGAGUCUGUCUUAGCCCAAUCAGUAAGCAAUUCUUCGUUUGCAGAGCACCUGUGUGCAGGAGUGCUGUGCAGGUGCCGGUAACUGUGCGCGAGUAUGCGCAGGUACAUUCCGGCAUCUGUGGGAUGCCGGUGCUUAGUGCGCUCCGAAAGCUCAAGCAAGCUUGUCUUGGCUUGAGCUCUUGCCUUGCAGUUUGGUGAGCGUCUACAGAGUCCUAGACCACAGCCGUAAACAACAGCAGAGGCACGCAAGGCAGCUGUUCAUGUAACAUAAAGUCUGG